UCCUCUUCCUUUUUUCACUCUUUUCAGCCUCCAAAUUUGACAACACCUCUCUCUCUAUAUCUCUCUCCUUUUCAUUUCUUCAUCAUUUUCCAUUUCUUUUCCAAAAAAAAUAUAAAAAUCUUUCUCUCUUGUAUUGAAUCUGUUGCAGAGAGUUGUGAAUUGUGAUCAUUCAUGGGACAACAAUCAUUGAUCUAUAGCUUUGUGGCUCGUGGUACGGUGAUUCUUGCGGAGUACAGUGACUUCACAGGAAACUUCACCACCAUAGCUUUACAGUGUCUUCAAAAACUCCCUGCUUCUAACAACAGGUUUACUUACAACUGUGAUGGACAUACCUUCAGCUUCCUCGUCGAUAAUGGAUUCACUUACUGUGUUGUUGCAGUGGAGUCUGUUGGUAGACAAAUUCCAAUAGCUUUUCUUGAACGUAUUAAGGAUGAUUUUAAUAAAAGAUAUGGUGGAGGAAGAGCUACAACAGCAACUGCUAAAAGUCUUAACAAAGAAUUUGGACCAAAGUUGAAGGAGCAAAUGCAAUAUUGUGUGGAACAUCCGGAGGAGGUUAGCAAACUUGCUAAAGUGAAAGCUCAAGUUUCUGAAGUCAAAGGAGUUAUGAUGGAAAAUAUCGACAAGGUUAUUGAUAGGGGAGAGAAGAUUGAGGUUUUGGUGGAUAAAACUGAGAACCUUCGCUCUCAGGCACAAGAUUUCAGGCAGCAGGGAACCCAGUUGAGAAGAAAGAUGUGGUAUCAAAACAUGAAGAUAAAGCUCAUAGUUCUUGCUAUCAUAAUUGCAUUGAUUCUCAUUAUUGUUCUUUCUGUGUGCCAUGGCUUCAGUUGUUAACUAUUCUUAUUUUUUCUAGAAUUGUCACUACAUAUUGGAUUGUUUUGUAAUAUAAUAUAGUCUCAUACAAUGAAGUUUAUGAUUUGUUUAUUAGAUAUUCAAUGGCUUCAUGUAAAAAAAAGUUAGGAAGGGAAGUGAAUAAGGUGUGGUAGGAUGCAUAAUGUUUAUCAUUUUUAUUGUUCCUACUCUAUAAACUGUAUUGUUUCAUUUAUGGAAUUGUGUAUAGAAAGCAUGCUGAAUAUUAUUUUAUUGUAGAA